GAAGGUCAUAUAAAUCAGAGUUAUAUGAUAUAGCGGUUAUAUCGAAUUAAUAGAAAAUUUAUAGUCUUAGAGGAAAUUAUUUUGUAGGGAGAAACGUUCGUCGAAUCCUCCUCCUCCUCUUCAUUCCCUUGAUCGCCGUCGUAUGUUCAGCUGCUGCGAGUGAUAAUAUAGAAUGGAGGAAGAGAGAGACGAAUCGAGGAAAAGCAGGAAGGAGAAGGAGAUGGAAAGGCGGCGUCUAAGAGACAGAGAGAGAAGACAAUCUAUGAGCCAAGACGAGAGGGAAAGGCAUUUAGCUCGGCGCCGCAAGAACUACCAGCUACGAAGGCAGAGAGCUGAGGUAAGCCGCAUCGGCUCUCAGAUCCAAGAGAUCACCGGAGAAGGGAGCCAGUUAGCUGCAGUCAUCUCGCCUCUUCAUUCCGGUGACAGUAGUACUGUCCCUUCCUUGUUUGAUUCUGAUCAGAGUGUGGGAAUAUCAGUGGAGGAGUUCGGUAAACUGGUGGGGACUAUACGACUCAGCCGUGUGAAACAUCUGGCGAGGACACUGAGAAAGUGGAGUAAUACUGGUGCAGAGGCAAGCAGCAGUUCUGGUGCAACAAACGCAAUGACUAGAUGUGCAAUGUCAAGUGGGCUACGUCUGAGUCGAGUGAAACGACUGGUGAGAUCAAAGGGCCAGCAGGAGGGGUUGUUGUCUCAAAACUCACCAACACAAGGACCCCUGCUUCAGUCGAGUUCACAAACUUGAACGCCAGCCUCAUUAUCAUAUAUGUUAGCGUGUUUGUAAAAGCGAACACAUUAUCUUUUUGGAGACAUAUCUUUGAAGCUUACCAAUUUUGUUUUACAAUACAACUGGGAAUACACUACAUUUUAUACAAAAUUUUUGUUU